UGAGUGAUGUGGUAUGCCGAGAAUUUUCGCUCGAAUACGGGGAGUUGAGGUCGUUACGGUGCCGUUGCAGUUUGCCCUCUCAGCCCUGAAAUGACUAGAAACGACGCUGCUGCUUCAGUAAAGCCCUCCUGAUUGGAUGAAGAGAGAACCAUUGACUACCAGUAUGGAUGCGCUCCAUCCUGGAGUUUCCCACAAUCCUUAGUUCUCUGUGGUGUUCAGAUCUGCAGCUGAGUCUACUGAACCCUGAACCGUGACCAGCACCAGUCUGUGACUGACCUCCUGUCAGCUGAUCUGUCUUGUGCCAUGAUGAUGUCAGUAGAUGUGACCAAUCGUAAUGGCCCCGCUGCCACGCCUCCCACCUCACUCAGCCUUCGGUCCUCACACAAUCAGCUACUCAGCAGCGAUGUCAUCAAACAGGGCUCCGCCACACCUCCGAAGUGUCGCAAAAAGUAUGCACUCACCAGUAUCCAGGCCGCCAUGGGCCUCGGAGAAGCAGUGCCAUCUUCACCGUCACCGUCAUCAUCCCCAUCACAGUCUUCAACCCCCAACAAUCCCAAACUAGCCAAGAACGGGGUUAACCAGCUUCGUAAAGCCGGUCAGGACCACAACAAAAACACGACUGGUCCUGACUCAAUUGAUCUAGAGUGUAAUUCAGAGACUAUAGAUGACCGCAAUGUCAACACGGCAGAGGAGCACGACAGUCACACUCUCACCAAUAAUGACCGAGAGGAUGAUGUCAUGAAGUUAGAUGACGAACUGCACCAAGACGCCAACACUGAUACAGAGCCCGAGCAGAUAACAGAAUCAAACAUAGACUGUAACAUAAACACGACAGUGGAUCUCAAACUGAACGGCAACACAACAGAUUUGGGCUUUGACUUGAACAUUGAGGCAGAGGAGAAUGAUGACAUCAGCAUUCUGUCUGAAAAGGAAAUAAUGUCAAAGAUGAAGAUUGAGGAAGAUGGAGAUGAGGUGGUGUUGGAGGAGCAGGAAGAUGAGGAGAAGAAGCCUUUACUCAUGAUAAAAAGUGAGUCUCCUGUGAAGAACCACAAAGUUUCUGCAGGCCUGGAACUUAUCUCUGACCUCCAACCCAACAUCAAGCUCCUCAAAUCUGGCAAGGACUCUCCGGUGCCUCCACCUCCCUCACCCCCACGUCAAGCCAGCCCAGAGGACACACCCCUGCUCUCUGUGGCCUCCUGCUCCUCCUCUUCCUCCUCCUCUCCUGAGACGAAGAAGGACAGGAGGACCGGUGCAAAGACAGACUGUGCAUUGAACCGCAUCCAGAAUCUGAACCCCAGUGACGAAGAGUUGAGUUGGACCACACUGUCCCAAGAGAGCAACUCCCCAGAGGAGACAGAUAUCUGGAGUGAGCAGUCAUUCCAGACAGACCCUGACCUGCCUCCAGGAUGGAAGAAGAUCACAGACAUGGCCGGUAUCUACUACUGGCACAUUCCUACAGGCACCACCCAGUGGGAGAGGCCUGCCACCCGUCAAGCACCCCCAGGACCUGGAGAGUCCCAGGCCCUGGGUGACCACACAGCCUCAACACCACGUAAACACUCUCUGGGCUCACUCAGCCCCUCACCCACUCCUGACCAUGAGUCGUGCCAGGCAGAGGUUUUCUUCAGGGCGUCAACUCGUUCGGGCAGCACCACCUCCGACAGCUCAGUGGAGCCUCUCUCCUCUCAUGAGCCCACCCUGCCCACAUGUGGAUUUGUCAACAGCUGCUACUUUCCUCGUUCCACAUCUCUCCAGGGGAUGCCUGAUCAAGAGUCUCGCUCUCAGCAUCUCGAAGAUGAGGACAAGAAACAGGUGUGGAGUGAUUUUGGCGGAAAGAUUGAUAGUGAGGUGUGGAAGGACCUGCAGGCAGCCACGGUGAACCCUGACCCCAGUCUGAAGGAGUUUGAGGGUGCUACACUUCGCUACGCAUCACUCAAGCUGAGGAACCGUCCAGCAGUGGAAGAAGAGGAGUCUAACAGUGUCAACAGUGACCCAGAAGCCAAGUGUUUUGCAGUGCGCUCCCUGGGAUGGGUGGAGAUGGCUGAGGAGGACCUGGCUCCUGGAAAGAGCAGUGUUGCUGUCAACAACUGCAUCAGACAGUUGUCCUACUGCAAGAAUGACAUCCGAGACACUGUUGGCAUCUGGGGAGAGGGGAAGGACAUGUACCUGGUGCUGGAAAAUAAUAUGUUGAACCUGGUUGACCCCAUGGACCGCAGUGUGCUUCACUCUCAGCCAAUCGCAAGUAUCCGGGUUUGGGGCGUUGGCCGGGACAAUGGCAGGGACUUUGCAUAUGUGGCGAGGGAUAAAAACACCAGGAUCCUGAAAUGUCAUGUGUUCCGCUGCGACACGCCUGCCAAAGCCAUCGCCACCAGUCUGCAUGAGAUCUGCUCCCGGAUAAUGACAGAGCGAAAGAAUGCCAAAGCGAUGGCAGGAGGCUCUCUUCAGGACAGGAUGCAGGCAGGACUUGAUCUCCCUUUACAAGCAGAGUUUCCCACACCAAAGACAGAACUGGUUCAGAAGUUCCAGGUGCACUACCUUGGAAUGUUGCCUGUGGCCAGACCAAUAGGUAUGGACAUACUGAAUGGAGCUAUAGAUAGUCUAAUUGGUUCUUCCAACAAAGAGGACUGGACUCCAGUAGCUCUAAACGUGGCAGAUGCUACUGUCACCAUCAGUAAAGACAAGGAUGAAGAGGAAGUGCUGGUGGAGUGUCGCGUGCGUUUCCUGUCUUUCAUGGGCGUUGGGCGUGACGUGCACACAUUUGCCUUCAUCAUGGAUGCAGGCGGGCAUCGCUUUGACUGUCACGUCUUCUGGUGUGAGCCUAACGCUGGGAGUGUGUCUGAAGCUGUACAGGCAGCUUGUAUGCUGCGGUACCAGAAGUGUUUGGUUGCUCGACCACCCUCCCAGAAGGCCUGCGGCUCGUCGCCCCCCGGUGACUCGGUGUCCCGCCGGGUCUCGACCAGCGUGAAGAGAGGUGUCCUGUCUCUCAUCGACACACUCAAACAGAAAAGACCCGUCACCGAGCUGCCGCAGUAACCACGGUGAAGCGCUACUUGCUUCACCGUGCCACAGCCCGCAGUCACCAUGGUAACUAGUAUCAUCGCUGCCAAAACCCGUCACGGCCACAGGCCCCAAUAACAACCGAAACACAGCAAAGCCCCCACGGUUUAGAACACCCUGUCAUGAUUCCUUCGCUUUUCUGGAGCAACAUUGGACUUACACCUUGAGAGUUUUAUUAGAUCCGGAGCAGUAAAUCUGUCAAGUCUGUUUCCUCAAAAUAACUAAGACAAAUAAAGACUCUAACCCCACAUCAAGAAGGAACAACCACGAGAAAUGUUGUACAUAGAAUUAACUCUCAUCCCCCUCAGCGCAGAGAAGGAGUUAGCAGAAGAGCUGCCCAAACUGCUGAUCUCUCCAUGCUCUUAUUGUAUUUGUGUCUGUGCCUGUGCUGCCAGCAUGAUCUUGCAUACGUGGACACACCCACUGUCAAUCACCUGAUUGUCCUGUUAGCCUGUAGGAGUCCCCCCACCCCCCGUCCAUCUUUGUCACUAUCCUCAGUAGACAGUAACAUAAAAGUGAGUAAGUAAAUAGAAGGGAAGGAAUCACGAAAGCCAUUGUGUCUGAUUUUCAUAUCAGCAAGUAAUGAGCAGAAGAAAGAAGGGAGCGACCGCAAACUAAAGAGAUUUAGCCAUGAGUCUACACACUCACCUGUUCAACUGAUCCUGCAUGAACUUUUUAUAGAAAAGUGAAUCAUUCUAGACAAUAUCAAUACACUGCUGCUGCUUUCAGAGACCGAAGGGAUGGGAAAUCAGAAGACACAUUGCUUAUCCUGUCUUCUUAACUCUUUGUUUCUCAUCAAUUGUGCAAGAAUCAGCCUGGAGGGACUAAACGAGUGGUGACCUUUCACCCGAAAACAUCCUACAUAUGCUUUCUGUUUACGUCUCGUUCUUAUCCUUCUGUUUUCCCUUGGAAAAUGACAGACGAUAGCCAUAACAGAGGAAGAGAGGCAGGGACGGACCGUGUUACCCCUCUCUCCUCUGCUCGCCUGCUUUCUGUUAAACAGUACUAGACUGCUGCUCCAAACACAGGAGACAUCAGCAUGCUGCUGCUGCUGCUCUUUGAUACACAUGCUGGAGGAAAUUUGACUUUAAAUCCCACCUCAGAAUCAGUCCUCGGAGACUUUGUGUCCACUAAUAAAAGGGGAUUGGCGGCAUAAGAAAGCCUGGAGGAAUAAAAAGAAGACUUGAGGAAUGUGUUUUUAUACCUGGGCAUGGUUGCGAUGAUUUUCUCUGAACUGUGAGGAGGUGAGAGAAUGAUUUUAUCCAGCCUCGGCUGUUUGAGAGGAAAGCCAACAGAGAGACAUGUUGACUCAAACCAAUAGGACUUUCCUGGGCUGCUAUCUAUCUGUCUCCAGGGUUCUGUUCACUUGAAUGCGCCUUCUGUUUUUUGUUUUUUUUUAUUGCCUACUCACUUACUGUGCAUCUGGUUUCAUCAGUGCCACAAGAUCACAUGCUUUUGCUCAGUUUGUUUAUUUUUCUCACACAAAUCUCAAGUAUUCUCUUGUAGCUCCUUAUUUUCACAUAUCUGACAAGCUUGGAUGUAUGGUAAUAUCUUGUGAAGUUCCUCUUUGUAAUUAAAAUCAUCAACCCCCAGACAGAUCUCUGGGAUGUAGGGGCAGGUAGAUGCUGAUCAUCUGUCCCCCUGUCAAGCUUUGGAUUUCUCCACCUUCAGAAACAGUAAGAGAGACACUC